AUGCACUGGCGCGUGGGUAAGGGGAGCGAGUCCGCGAACGGCGCGGGCGAGGCGACGGCGCGCGGCGGGAAAGGAAGCUCGAAGACGACGCGGUCGCAGCGGACGAACAAGAGCUACAAGGUGUACGUCAGCGGACGACCGACGAUCGACGACGUCGAACGGGCGUCGAGGGGGGAGAAGACGAAGUCCAUGGGCGUGGUCGAGCGCGAGGCGCCGUACAGGCUGACGCGAGACGAGCGAGAGGCGUGGGAGCGAGCGAAACGGCGAGGAGGGCUGGAGACGCGAAGCGCGAGUCGAGACGGGCUCGCGAGACGACGGUUUCCGUUGGUGAACACGCAUCGGGCGUACUGCGAUGCGGUGGGGAUGGUGUUCGUGUGCACGGAACAAGACGUGGGGGGGGGGGAGGAUUGCGUGGUGGUGGACGUGUCGACGCUGCGGGCGAGCGAGGACGGCGACGCGCGCGCGCGGUUGAGCGAGUUGGCGAUCGCGUUGGGGGCGAGCGCGGAGGAUUUGUGCGGCGACGAGGAACCGCUGAUGGCGCAGAUGCGAUACGUGGCGGCCAUGGAGGGGGGGUUCGAGCGCACGGCGCUGGUGGAAGUGUUGGAGGGAGACGCCGAAGCCGAGCCGGCGCCGAGCGAGAGCGAAAUCGCGGCGGCGAGAGACGCCGUCUCGGCCGCGGCGGAUCGCGUGCGCGAAAUGAAAGAUUCAGGGAAAUCGAACGCGGAUGAUGACGUGAAAGCUGGCGUGCGAUGCCUCCUCGAGGCGAAGGCGAAGCUGGGAGCGAUGGAGGCCGCCGCGGAGAAGACGUCGGCGGCCGCGAACGAGGCCGCGGAAGUGGAUCUGGAGGCUGAAUUAAAACGAAUCGAAGAAGCGGCUCGGAGAUCACUCGUCGAGUUACCCAUUCACGGUUUGCCCGAACGAUAUAUGCGGUUCAAGUGUCCUGAUCGUCCAACGGCGAAGGCGCUCUCGAAAGCCAUCGCAAAGGAGGAUCUCGCGCCUUUGUUGCUCGAAGUCUAG